GUGUCCCGCCCCCCCAGCCAGACCCCACACGGGAGCCUCCAUAGGCAACAGCAGGGGGUGAGGAAGGGCAGCCAGAGCAGGGAGUGAGGAAGAGGAAGGGAGGCAGGAGGUGCCUGGUGAGAUGGUGGCAGAGAAAGAUGGUUCGAGCCCCCCGAAACCCACUGGAGAGAGACCUCCACAACAACAGCAGCCACUGGGGCAGCUGAGGAGAACCAAGCAGCAGGUCACCGAUGGAUUCACUGUUAAAGCCAUGAUGAGAAACACUGUGAGGAGAGGAAAAGGUGCAGACAUGUCUCCCUCCUUACGCUCUGAAAUCCCCUGUGUCCCAGCACUCCUGUACAGGAACCAGGUAAGAGGACCCCCAGUUGCAGGAGCAUUUAAAGAAAGACCAACAAAGCCUACAGCAUUUCGCAAGUUUUAUGAGCGAGGAGACUUCCCAAUUGCCCUUGAGCAUGAUUCGAGAGGAAAUAAAAUAGCCUGGAAGGUGGAGAUUGAGAAACUGGACUACCAUCACUAUCUGCCUCUGUUUUUCGAUGGGCUUUGUGAAAUGACAUUUCCCUAUGAGUUUUUUGCUCGGCAAGGAAUCCACGACAUGCUGGAACAUGGGGGAAACAAGAUUCUCCCUGUCAUUCCUCAGCUCAUUAUCCCAAUAAAAAAUGCACUGAACCUUCGUAACCGACAGGUCAUCUGCAUCACGCUCAAAGUCCUCCAGCACCUGGUGGUGUCAGCUGACAUGGUGGGGGAAGCCUUGGUGCCCUAUUAUCGUCAAAUCCUCCCCAUCCUAAACAUCUUUAAGAAUAUGAAUGUUAAUUCAGGAGAUGGUAUUGACUACAGCCAGCAGAAGCGUGAAAAUAUUGGAGAUUUGAUUCAAGAGACACUGGAAGCCUUUGAGCGCUAUGGUGGAGAAGAUGCUUAUAUAAACAUUAAAUACAUGGUCCCUACCUAUCAAUCGUGCUUGUUAAACUAACAGAUAGGACAGUUGUGUCAACAGGGGUGAUUCCAUUUGUAUUCUCAAAGGCUACAUCCAAUUCUGUAUAAUAUCUUGUUAUUCACGCUUUCUUUCUCUACAGCUGCUAAAGUAGUGGCUUCUGGACCAUUAGACUAGUACUAUUGUGAACAAGUCUUUCCAAUACAUAAAUAGUGCCUGUUCCUUAGAUUACAAUGAUGUACUGUGCUUAUUUGUUCUGCGAAAGAAUUACUUCUUUAUAACAGAGCUGACUGGAGCAGGAGUCAGAGUUAAACCUUCAGUUGUAUAGACAAUAAAACCAUAAUUUUCAUACGCAAUUCA